AUGCACAUGCACAGCAUCUUUGGUCAUUUUAUUAACUUACAUAAAAUGGCACGGAAUAAAUCUCCGACCGCUACAUCCGAAAAAGAUAAAAAGAAGCCAAAAGACAAAAAGAAGAAAGAAGAAUCGGGUUCCAGCAGUAGUGAUAGCAGCGGCAGUUCAUCUGACAGCAGUUCAUCUCGUUCUUCGUCACGGUCAUCAUCAAGCAGCUCAGGCAGUUCAUCACGCUCUUCCUCUUCCUCCAGCUCAUCCAGCAGUAGCAGCAGCAACAAUGAUCGGGCUAAACCAAAGAAAAAGACAUCACCUCAUAAAAGCCCUGUAAAGGAUCGUCGUGAGCCAGAAAGGGAAAAAGCAAGAGACAGAUCACCAAAUGCUGAUAAGAAAAAAUUGACAUUGCCACUCACAAAUGAUAAAUUAAAGGGCAAGGAAAAACAGGAACGAUCACCAGGUCGCAAAAAACGAGAAAGAUCGCCUCCGCCAAGACCCACUCGUAUACAUAUUGGUCGUUUAACAUUGAAUGUGACAAAGGAACAUAUUAAUGAAAUAUUCUCAACGUAUGGCACAAUAAAACUAGUAGAAUUUCCAAUGGACAGGCUGCACCCCCACAAUGGACGUGGUUAUGCCUAUGUGGAGUUCAGCAAUGCUGAUGAAGCAGAAAAUGCUAUGAAGCACAUGGAUGGAGGUCAGAUCGACGGGCAAGAAAUCACUGCGGCGCCGGUGCUGGUGCCGUCGCGGCCGCGCCGGCCAUCGCCGCGCCCGCCGCCGCGCCACGUGCCGCCGAGACGACACUCGCCGCCACGGUACGUUUCUUACUCUUACACCAAAUACUUAUGUGUAUACAUACUAUAA